AACCACUGCUCCCACAACUCUAAAACACUCUCUCUCUCUAAAACACUUUCUCUCUCUAAACUCUAAAAGUCUAAACCGAAACACUUAUAGCACCCGUCAGUCAGUCCUGAAACUCCCCCCCUCUUUAAACUCUCCCUCUUGACCCCUUCCUUCUUCUUCCACCUCUAAUCCUACACCCCCUUCCCUGCUUAUCAUACGCACUCCCAUUCCACACCCAUCUCCUCCAUUUUCUCUCUCUUCCUCUCCUGAAAAUGGGCAAAGGUGGGUCACUCGCCGACGGCGUGAUCAAGAAGAUCCUCCUCUCCUACACCUACGUAGCCAUCUGGAUCUUCCUCAGCUUCACCGUCAUCGUCUACAACAAGUACAUCCUCGAUCGCAAGCUCUACAACUGGCCUUUCCCAAUCUCUCUCACCAUCAUCCACAUGGCCUUCUGCUCCACCCUCGCAUUCCUCGCCGUCCGCGUCUUCUCCCUCGUCGAACCCGUCUCCAUUUCCCGCCAUCUCUACCUCUCCUCCGUCGUCCCCAUCGGAGCCCUCUACGCCCUCUCUCUCUGGCUCUCCAAUUCCGCCUACAUCUACCUCUCCGUCUCCUUCAUCCAGAUGCUCAAAGCCCUAAUGCCCGUCGCCGUCUACACCAUCGGAAUUCUCUUCAAGAAGGAGGGAUUCAAAUCGGAGACGAUGGCCAACAUGGUGUCCAUCUCGAUUGGGGUCGGGAUUGCCGCCUACGGAGAGGCCAAAUUCGAUUCGUGGGGGGUGUUUCUUCAACUUGGUGCUGUGGCAUUUGAGGCCACUAGAUUGGUCAUGAUUCAGAUCUUGCUCACAUCCAAAGGUAUCACAUUGAAUCCCAUUACUUCGCUCUACUAUGUUGCGCCGUGUUGCCUGCUCUUCUUGUUUGUGCCCUGGAUUUUCGUCGAAUUCCCUGUUUUGAAACAGGCUUCGAAUUUCAAUUUCGAUUUUGUCAUUUUCGGGACCAAUUCGUUAUGUGCUUUCGCCUUGAAUUUAGCUGUAUUUUUGCUUGUGGGGAAGACGUCCGCAUUGACCAUGAAUGUGGCCGGAGUGGUGAAGGAUUGGCUGUUGAUUGCGUUUUCGUGGUCCGUGAUUAAGGACACUGUGACUCCGCUUAACUUGUUUGGAUAUGGGCUUGCGUUUUUGGGUGUUGGGUAUUACAAUCAUUCCAAAUUGCAGGCGUUGAAGGCGAAGGAAGGGCAGAAGAAGGCUGAGCUGGGUGGGGAGGAAGCUGGGAGGUUGUUGGAGGAGAGAGAAGUAGGGGAUGGAAUGGGAAGGAAGAGUGAUGCGCAAGACUAAUUAAAGAACCAAUCAAUGUAUUGAAGGAAGAAAUCAGAGAGAGAGAGAGAGAGAGGGUGGUAUGGAAAUAAAACAAAUGGAAGAGAGAGAAAAGGAAAUGGUUUUUGAGGUGAUGGAGCUGAGAGGAAAUUAAUUAUUUAAUUGGGUGGCUAUGUUUGCUUUUGCUCUUAGGUAUGUGGGAUCGAUUAAAUUUCCAUUUUCUAUGCUAAUUAUGGUUGUUUCUGGCUGAUAUUAGGAUUCGAAUUUCGCACACUGUUGCUUGUAGUACCAAUUCAUGUACUUUACUAUAGGAAGAUAAGAAUAUCGAAUACCUGAUAUCUGUUUCCAUAUGUUUUUUGUUAUUCGAUUUGUCCCUCAAGUAAUUAGGUGUAGCAACAGCCAUUUAUAAUGAAGAACUUUUGAUGUUCAUUCAUGUUA